AAGAGUGUCCGCGCGCAGUGACUCCGCGACUUCGCGCCGAACCCCACCUGAACUGCCCCCCGCGGACCCCGUGGACCCCGUGGACCCCGUGCCGGCCGGCCGUGCUAGUCGUGCUAGUCGUGCCCACACGGCCAAGUGCCGCGGCUGUCAUCGAUUCCUGUGAAGUGCAAAAGUGGUGAACGUGUUUGUGACGUGAUUCCGAGCGCCCGGCUUGCUGCAGCUCGCUGUCGGCCAGUCGGCCUGUCGGCGUCCUCGCUGCCCCAGAUAAACCGCCAUUGCGGCGAAGCAGCCUCAACCUGCCGACGGCUAUGCGACGGCAGUGAUCCUGCACCCCUCCAAGAUGGUCCUGCAGAACAUCGGCGGCGGCAGCGCCGAGAGCGUGACCGUGGGGUGCUUGGACUGGGACCGGUUCGACCGACAAUGGCAGGACUGCGUCCAGGACUACCGCUACCACCCCCACCGGGACGCGCGGCACGCGGGCCGCAGCCGAAACACCCCGCAGCGCUCCGAGAACCUCCGCCGGAACCUGCCACCGUUCAGAGUCUUGCGGCUCCUGGGCACCAUAGGGGUCGCCCUGUUGGCGCUGGCCUACGCCGUCUACCUCGUAAACCCCAUAGAGAUCGCCAUCAACGUGCGCAUGAGCUUCCUCAACGGGUCCUUCCUCUUCGGGCUGUGGCGGAAGCCGCCCGUGUCCAUCUACGUGCAGGUGUACCUGUUCAACGUCACCAACCCCAGGGAGUUCCUCCGCGGCCAGGAGAAGCUCCGCGUCGAGGAGGUCGGCCCCUUCGUCUACAGGGAGGAGCUGGAGAACACGGGCGUCAAGUUCAACGAGAACGACACCGUGACGUACACCCCUAAGAGGAACGUGUUCCCGGUGCCGGAACUGUCCGUUGGCGAUCCACGGACCACCGUGGUCAUCGCCCCGAACCUCGCGCUGCUGGGGCUGGCGUCCUCGCUGCACAACUCGUCCAUCUUCACCAACAUCGCGUUCGCGACGCUGACGUCCUACCUCGACACCCAGCCCUUCUUGCACCUCACGGUGCACGACUUCCUGUGGGGCUUCGACGACCCGCUGGUGCACCUCGCCUCCAAGCUGUUCCCCAAGUGGAUCCACUUCCCGCGGCUCGGCGUCAUGGACAGGAUGUUCGACGACGGCGAGAACGUCGUCACGAUGAACGUCUACGGCGACGACGACGGCAAGGUGCCCUCUGCGGACCUGGCGCCCGCGGGCACCAACGACACGUUCUCCAGGAGGGCCUUCGCCAUCGACUCCUGGAACGGCAGCCCCGGCCUGGCGCACUGGGGCUACGGCAAAGGCGACGAUCACGACAGCGCCACUGUCGGCACGCGCUGCAACACGAUCCGCGGCGCCACGGAGGGCAUCCUGUUCCCGCGCAACAUCCGCAAGGACAUGCGCUUCUCCGUGUACCGGAAGGCGUUCUGCCGCACGCUGCCGCUGCAGUUCGUCCGCGAGGGCCCCACGCCGGACCACGUCCCCGCCUACUGGUACACGCUGGGCGACGACAUCUUCGAGACCGCCGACGUGAACCCCGACAACAGCUGCUACUGCCGGCCGGAGGUGGCGCCGUGCCUUCCGCGCGGCCUCAGCGACCUCACGCCCUGCUACUACGACAUCCCCGCCGCCGUGUCGCUGCCGCACUUCUACAAGGCGGACGAGAGGCUGCUGGAGAAGAUCGACGGGCUACACCCCAACGAGUCCCUGCACGCCACCACCCUCGCCAUCCAGCCGAGAGUGGGGGUGCCGCUGGUGGCGCACAUCCGAGUGCAGACCAACCUCGUGGUCCACAAGACCAAGGGCAACCCGCGCGUGGCUCCCUUCAACAACCUCACGGUGCCCAUCUUCUGGGUGGACUUGACGGUGCGCGGCCUGCCCGACUCCCUCAGCUCGCUGCUCGACUUGAUGCUCAGAGUGGCGCCCAUCAUCCAGACGACGGUCAUCGCGGUCCUGGUGGCGUCCGGCGCGCUCCUGCUCGUGUCCGCGGCCGUGGGCGUCUGCUGCACGGCGGGCAUGCUGCACGCCACCCGGCGGCCGCCGGUCCAGGACGCCUACAAGUACAGCCAGGUCAAGAUCAUCAAGGCCGUGAAGCCCGCCGCCGCGCCCGAGUCCCUGGUGCUGUCGCUGGGCAGGGAUCCAGAGUUCUUCGGCAAGGGCAGGGCGUAGGCAGCGGCCCGACCAGCCUGCCGGGCAGACUCUGCCCAACGAAACAGGGUCACCGAGUUACCUGCCUCAUUCGUGUGAUAGUUGUGUAGCUAGCGUAAGGACUUGCGGCUCGCUGCUCAACCUCUACCCAGCCGGGUCUGAUCUCUAGAGCCCCCGCGCAACCCUGCGCAAAGAUGGCGGCCGAAGCUGCUGCUGUGGCCCUGGGCUCGCUGGGCGCGGGCGCCGUGCUGUUCGUGGGCACGGGGAUGCUGUGCACGGCGGCAAUGCUGUCCACCACCAAAGGCGCGCGCCUCCGCGACCACGGCGCCGAAGCCUCCCGUCGCACCGGCCCAGCUGCCGCCGCGUUCAAGGCCAAGCCCGCCUUCGGCUUGCCCCGGGCGGACGGCUACAAGGGGAGGAGUUAGUACUUCCCCGUAGCCGAGCACCGCGCCAACGAACGCGGCAUCGCCCGGGCGGGCGCUUUUGUCGCGCCGUGACACUAUGUGUAGUUGGUAAUUUAUUUUUAUGUUAAGUGUACAUAGAAAAUGUGCAUUUUGUUUCUGGUGAAAACAAAAAUGCGUUAUGCUCAUUCAUAGCUCAUGCGGCAAAUCGUGCGAAAGGCAGCCUAGUGGAGUUAUUGCUCACUCAAUUGAUCGAACGGCUCAUCUCCCCGUCCAGUUCGUUUUUUCACCAUUUCAUAAUCUCUACCUCAAGUAUACGAACUCACGUUGACUCAUUUUGACGCGUAAAUUAAUUAUAUUGUCAUAUUGUACCCGUCCUGAAAAAGGUGAAAUCCUCAAUUGUACAUAGUUCAUGUUUUUGACGCCAAUCAUUAGGGGACCAUGAAAUUGUGAUUUUAAUUGUGCAUAUCAUUGAAGAGUAUUGUGAUAAAUGCUGUUAAGUUAUAUCGUUAAUGUUAAUUUAUACCCUCUGACGCUACGAUGGAUUAAAUUAUGAACCAAGA